CGUGUGUCUUUCACUGGUCAGUCCUGCAGGGCAUUUCGCAUUUUUAAGUUGUAUUUGUGCGACGAAAUCGCGUGCGCCGAAUAAAUGAGUGAACUAGAAGAGAUUGCUCGAAAAAAAUACAUCAAUCCCGAUGAUUGGACAGACCAGCCCCAGCCAAAGGAUUGGGGGCAAAAGACUCCUUUUGAAAAGGCUAUGGCUCGGAACAAUCGCGAUUUGGAGUACAUGGUGACCGAAAACAUGUUGAACGCUCAUGCAUCUCUAGCUGAUCACAUCUUGGAAGAAUCUUUAAGCCGAUAUGAACGCCUCCGAGAAGUAAGUCCAACACUUCGAGCGCAAACCCGAUGUGCUGAAUUUUUUUCAAAAUCAGAAGAUUCUAGUCGAAGAGACAGUAAGAAGAACCGAAUGGCCUCCAUUAAAUGUUUUGCAGAGCUUUAUAAACUCACGCCUCUCUUGAGCAAAUGGGAGACAUGCAUCGAAAAUUGCAUGGGUAAUUUUCGGCAAUGUGCGCAGGAAACGGAAGAUUUAGAGAGAGCCAUCGCUGAACACUACCUUGCUGCUGAUGCCCUAUUCAAAGACAAGGGUGUAUUAGAUAUCAGUUAUGUUUGUUCGAAGGAGGCGUUUUUGAUGUCUUUUAACAACGAUAAGAGAUUUAAGGCUCAGAUUGCAUGCGUAGGUCCGAAAUACUGCCCAGCCCUAUUUCGAGAUGUGCUCUUAUGUUUCAUUGGCAAUAACGGUACAUCCAAGCCAUGUUCAAAGGAAGUUAGAAACUACUUAGCGUGCAUAGCUGAUUUUGACUAUAAACCCAACGAACGUUUUUACACCUCAGUCGACAGAAUUCCAAACUAUUCUCUACCUCACCCCUCAAUCUUGAAAGAAUUAGAGCAAAAAAAGCGUGAAAUGAAUGCUCUUCAAAAAAAUUUUGUAUGAAUGACUGAUAUAGCGAUUCUGGAGGAAUACUUUUAUUACAGAAGCAAAGCAUUGAGGGUACUGAGUCUGUAGUCUGAAUACUUUGAAGACAGUCGAAUUUUGACAAAAUGUGAAGCUCCAACUAGUGCGGCAACAAGACAUAUAGAAUCCGCGUUUUAGUGUCAAAAAUGCCUUCAAUUAAAGUUGGUGUUAUUGAGACAUUUAGACAGAGCAUUUGAAAUUUGUUUUAGAAGGCGUCGUUUUUUUGUUGACUUUAGACGUGGCUGGAGAAGUUCUAAGGUACAAAAUCUUUUUUUUCAGACUUUCAUUGGCUUUUUUUUUAGCUUUUGUAAAAGACAUAAGCAUGUCUAAAGUAAAAGGGAAAUUAAAGGCGCAGUCACUAGAAACGCUAGAUGUAUCCAAGCUUACGCCGCUGACACCUGAAGUCAUUUCUCGCCAAGCAACCAUUAAUAUUGGGACAAUUGGACAUGUCGCGCAUGGAAAGUCGACGGUAGUGAAGGCGAUUUCGGGCGUUCAGACGGUCCGGUUUAAAAACGAGCUGGUGAGAAACAUCACUAUCAAACUUGGAUAUGCGAAUGCAAAAAUUUAUAAGUGUCCUAAGUGCAGCAGACCGAGCUGUUACCAGGCAUUCAGCAGUUAUACGGAAGACAAUCCGCCGUGUGGCAAUAGUGGUUGCGAUGCAGAAUUAGAACUAUUAAGGCAUGUGUCUUUUGUGGAUUGUCCUGGACACGAUAUCUUGAUGGCAACUAUGUUGAACGGGGCUGCGGUAAUGGAUGCAGUGUUGCUAUUGAUUGCUGGAAACGAGUCGUGUCCUCAACCGCAGACGUCCGAGCAUUUGGCUGCAAUAGAGAUCAUGAAAUUGAAAAAUAUUAUUAUUUUACAAAAUAAGAUUGAUUCUGUGAAAGAAAGCGUAGCUGAAGAGCAAUAUUAUCGAAUACUGGAUUUCAUCAAAGGAACAAUUGCGGAGGGUAGUCCAAUUAUUCCCAUAUCCGCCCAGUUGAAAUACAACAUUGAUGUGGCUUUGGAAUACAUGGUCAAGAAGAUUCCAAUUCCUGUCCGCGAUUUCACGUCUUCACCACAGAUGAUUGUGAUUCGCUCUUUUGACGUGAACAAGCCUGGAUGCAACAUCGAUAGCUUGCGUGGUGGUGUAGCUGGUGGAUCGAUUAUCAGAGGUGUUCUGCGUUUAGGGGACGAAAUUGAAGUCCGUCCUGGAAUCGUUUUUAAAGACAAUGAAGGUCGAGUUCGAUGUCAGCCGAUUUUUUCUAAAAUUAUUUCUCUUCUUGCUGAGUCGAACGAGCUUCACUAUGCUGUUCCUGGAGGGCUUAUUGGAGUAGGCACUUGUAUCGAUCCCACCUUGCUUCGCGCUGAUAGACUAGUCGGACAAGUUUUAGGAUCAGUUGGAGAACUACCUGAAGUGUAUACUCACAUUGAGGUGAAUUUCUUCCUCUUGAGCCAUCUCCUAGGUGUCAAGGCCCAAACAACCAAACAAUCCAAAAUUGCUAAAAUGACAGCAGACGAAGUCCUUCUCGUUAACAUCGGAUCUACAUCAACCGGCGGACGAAUACUCGCUGUCAACAACGAUCUCGCAAAAAUUUCCCUCGUACAACCAGUCUGUACCAAAAUUGGCGAAAGCAUCACCCUUUCAAGACGUAUUAGCAAGCACUGGAGAUUGAUCGGAUGGGGGAAAAUCCUAUCUGGUAAAACAAGCAGUCUUACCAUCAAUGCCUCGUUGUCAAAUCCAGCAAACCCUGUCAAAGAAAAAACCACAACGUCUAGCUAAAAAAAUAUAUGAACAUGUACACCUCUGAACCCUGAAUAUUGGUUUAAAUGAUUCUCUAAAUAUUAAGAACAUAUUCUGGAAUCAUUUGAUUCUCACAAAAAAAAACCUAUUUCGCUUCUUAUCUAGAAGUUGUGAGGCAUCGCGGCAUCCACGUCACUGUACCAUGUUUUCCCGCGUCAUUUCACUCAAGUCAAAAAGGGCGCCUUCCUUCGCGCAUAGGUGUUGAAUGCGUGAAUAAACAAAAACUUUCAGAUGGUGAAGGAGAUUCGCCCGACGAUGUCCUUGACCAGUCGCUAGGUGAGCCCGCAUUUUCACUUCAAACAAGUGAGGGCAAUAAAAAAUUCGAAACCAGUUCGUCCAAAAAAAAACCUAGAAAAAAGAAGAAAUCAGCCAAAAACCAAUUCACGCUCGAGCCUCUUCUUGACCAAGAUACUAGUGUACCCAAGAAAACGCCCUGCGCUAAAACUGAUGUCUCUUGUAUGCACAUUCAGGUACCCUAUCUGAAUGUCGAAAAGGAAAUCACCAAUUUAUUUGGAAGCAACGUCGCCGCUC